UUUUCAGUAGUAAACAGAAACGUGCUUUCAGUAAUAUGUCAACACCGGGUAUCUGCAUUCAGGAGUAAAAGUUACAAUGUCGUUUGAAAACCUGAUAAAAAGUCUUCAGGACUGCUUCAUCACUGAAGAUUCAACACCUGGAAAUGGCUGCCAGACCCUCCAGCUGUUUGUCCAAAAACUGUCUGAAUCCUCCAGGAGCAGCGUUAAAAGGAGCAAGGAGCGCAGUUUGGAGGAGGCAGCCCAGCUGCUGAGACAGAUCCCAGAGGUACAGCUCCGUGGUUUGGAGGAAGAGCACCUCCUGCUUCUGGUCAGACUCCUCUUAUCCCUGCAGCUGGAGAUGGUCAGCAUCUCUACAGCCUGUCGUAAGGUGGACCAGAUGCUGCAGCAUUUGGCAGCAAAGGUGGACCACAAACUGGUCUAUAAGGAGACUCUCCACAGUUUUAAUGCCCUAGUCCACAGUGAUCAGGUUCUCUCGUUGGAGGAUUUGCAGAGAGCAUGCAUGUACCUGGAGGACAGCGUAGUUGGUCGAGAGGUUUGGCGAGAAUCCUUCAUGCCAAUGCUGCAGAGAGUAUCUAAAUCUCUUCCUGCUGUGCUACAGGAGGAAUCUCAGAGAGAUGGGCCGAUCUGUUAUAUUACUGCCAAGGUGUGUCUUCAAGCGUUUCAGCUGUUGCCCAACGAAGUUGCUCCUCUGGUGUGGGAGGAAAACCACAGCAAAGAAGCAGUGCAGAGGAUUCUGCAGGCUCUUAUUGACAUACUUGGACAGUGCUGCAACAGGGACACGCGUCUUUUGGCGGGCACAGCGGUGGCGAUGCUGAUCAACACUGCAUCCGAGAGUACAGCUGCUGGAGCUGCAGCCUGGAAUCUGCUGCAGGCCUCUCAUCCACAGCCCUGCCAGCUGACUGUGGGGGUCCUGCAGGUGACAUGUGACCCUGUAGGGAAGGACAGAGUGGACCGGCUGGCUGUGAGCAGAGGCCUCCUCACCUGCUGUCGACCUCACAUCUUACUAAGUCCAAGCCAUGACACCACACAGGCUUGUUUGCUGCUGGAAGGUUUGUUUCCUCUUGUUUAUGCAUUGUGUGAGGAGAAGCAGGAUUGUCACUACUUUGCCUUUGAGGUGUUAACAAUGUGGCUGAAGAGAGUGAAGGAAUGUGUGACGGAUCUGUGGAGGAUGACCGGCGCCCGUCUCCUGCCCGACGACAGCAAGCUCCUGCAGCAGCUUACACACAUUAUCUGGACCAAUGCAGAAAGCCCAGUGGAAGGGGUGCCUGAGUUUGCGAGCAGUGCCUUUACUCUGUUGCUGAACCUUUAUGCCUUCGACUCUGAGCAGUUUUGUGACACCAGCAAGACUUUUUAUUUUACCCUGCUUGAACGAUUAUUGAAACUGCCCUGGCAGGCCAAAGCAAAAUACCUUCGCCUUUGUGCUCUGCUGCCUCAUGUGGGAGCUGAGCUGGUGCUGGAUCAAUACACCGAAGUAUCUCGCCAUCUCCUGAACUGCCUAUCGACCAAUCACCUGUCCCCGUGUGGCUCAGAGUUUUAUAAGUGUCUGAUCCAGCAGCAGAGGCGAGAGCUUCCUGUCUCACUCACUGAAGUGGACCUGGCCGGGCGCUGGGCGAACAGCUGGCAGCCUCUCCUCCUGGAGGCUCUGACAUCUGAAGUGACUCUCCUACAGAACAACAGCUCAACACAUUUACUGCCCUGCACCCUCCAGGUUUUUCCCUCGGCCGUGCAUCACCUGCUGGCCUCCCUGAACCCUCAAAAGCCAGGCCACCUGCACGCCUGGGCGUGCGUCCUGAGCUCCUACCGAGCCAUCAGCGGCUGUUCUCCCUGGGCUCUGCAUGGGAGCUCCACCUUUAAAACCCUGCAGCUGGCUCUCGGGUCUGCAGACGACAAAGUGCGUCUGGCUGCCCUCAACCUGCUCUGCUGCAGCCCAAAGACCAGAGAUGUCCCCUCUGCAGAGGAGAUCACAAUACUGAAGGAGUUUAUCCCCCAGAAUCUGAAUUGCGAGUCCUCACCUUUUCGGCAGCACCUUCAGGCUGCGGUGAGAAGGUUUCUGGUUCGUAUCAGAGACGGCUGCUUGGCACACAUCAGAGGAGUCAAGGGCAAAAAGAAAGAAGAUGUCAGCCAUGAAAACAGAAAGGAUGUUCUGGAGCAAGGGAUUGGUUUUGUGGAGUGGUUAGGCGAGCUUCCAUACAGCUUUCUGUCACCUGGACACAGCUAUCAGAGGAAGAAGACGGCGCUGUUGUUGUUGUCUGCAGUCCUGGAGACGUGCACAGAUACCUGGAGCCCCGACAAAAAGAAGGGACAGCCACCGGCAAAUAUAGGACUUCUUAUUGACUGUGCCAGACAGAGAGGACAGUGGGAUUUCUUCUGCAGAACCAAGCAGCUGCUUCUUAUCAGUUGUCUAGAGGAUUCUACAAAUGAGAUCCGGGAGCUCUCGGCUGGCUUGUUGUUGAGAUUUUUCCCUCCCAGUUUCCCUGCUGAUAUCGCGGAAGUCCUGGAGACGAGGAGUAUGCAGCUUCUGCGCAGCCCACGGGUGCAGGAGGCUCAGAUGGGAGCGCUCAUGAUGAAGAUGCUCCUCCAAAAAUCAGGACAUCGGUGCAGCCUGAGCUGUACUGCCAACGCUGGAAGGAACCUGUGUGUAGUCAGAGUCCUGCUGAAAGAGCUGGAGGAGCAUCAUCUGACAGCCAAAGCAGACAUGAUGCUCUCUGCCAGAACCAAGCCUAUACACGGAGUGUUGUGCGCUCUUCAGAGGUGUUUGCUUGAAGCAGCUGAUGAUAUCUAUACCACACUUGACCACAGUCUGAUGACCAAGUUGUUGGAUCUGCUGGAGAAUAUUUCUCUGCUGCUGCUUGCAGUUCUGCAUGGAGAUUGUGAGGCUCGUGUCUCUGAAAAAUAUGCUCCCCCGUCCUUUUGUGACAUGGGAAACGCCAUCAGCUCUCUGAUAUCCCAACAGUCUGGAGGUGGCCAAACAGACGAGGAGGAGUGUGUCCUGCUCUCUGAAGAGCACAGCCUUGUUCUCACCUGCUGCUGGGUCUCUCUAAAGGAAACAGGAAUACUUUUAGGUUCGUUGGUGGAGAAAGUUCUUAAAGAAUCCAAGAAACAUUCUGAGUGUCUUCUAACUAAACGGGAUUUAAUGAGGGCGUCAGACGUAUUCAAGGAUAUUCUUCUAAAAUGCCGCCACUGGGGGGCAGUAGAGGGCUGCGGUUUAGGCUUCACAAAGUUCUGUACGUCUCUGCUGAACAGCAGUGAUUCAGACCUCAAGGAUAUUCCUGCCCAAAUGCUGAAAGAUGGACUGCAGGUUGUUCAGUGCCCUGGCUCUACGUCUGUGACCCGACGGGCUGCAGGGCUGCCCAUGCUGAUCCUGUGCGUUCUCUCAUCAGAGGAGAUCAGUAAGGCGAGGCCGCUGUUAGCUCUCAGUAUGCAAACCCUGCUGGACACCGCCAGACUUCCCCUCGAUGAGAACUGGGACCAAACCCUGGACCUCCCACAGGUAUGUGCGGUUCACACUCUGCAGGCGUUGGUGCGUGGCGCAGGUUUGGGGGCAGCUGUUCUUCAGUUUGCUCCUGCUGUAGCCGUCUUGUCUCUGACUCUGCUCCGAUCUCCAUGCUGGGCCAUGAGGAAUGCUGCACUGCAACUUUACAGCUCUCUUUGCUCUCGAAUGCUUGGCCAGAGGUCCAGCAGUGUAGAGGCUGGCCCCACGCAACACAGCAUGUCCCCUGCUGCCUUCUUCUUUCACUACCCUACGCUUCAAGCUGUCCUCCUGGGCGAGCUGAGAGGGGCGGCGCAACACCUCCAUAGGCCAACCGCUGGGGCCAAGCUGCAUCUGCAGCCCUCACUCUACCCGAUCCUAACUCUGCUGGCCCACCUCCAGCCUGGCGUUCAAGACUCAUCAGAAACGUUGUUGGACUUCCUGCCUCCGUUACUCCAGCUAUCUGCCAGUCCCAUUUAUAGUGUCAGAGUAAUGGCCUCCAAAGCUCUGGUUGCCAUGACACCUCCUUCAGGGUACUUUGACCUCCUCCUAAAGCUGACCUCUCAGCUCCCUGGUCCGCAGGAGUCCUGCAACCACAACCGGCUCCAUGGCCAGCUGCUACAGAUGAAGGCCUUACUGGACCGAGCUCUCUGCUCAGACAGUGUUUGUGUCUAUAGUGUCUUUUCCGACAACCUGCGUGAAGUGGUGAACAGGAUCCAUUCUUCAAUGUGGCUGGGGACCACGGCUCAGUGCUGCCCCCUGGUGAGAGCAGCGUACCUCAGUGUGGCUGGCUCCCUGAGAAGAUAUUCCUGCGAGACUUUCCUGUUGCACCUCAGUGACAGACUUAUGCAUGAUCUUCAUGCGCCUCAGCAGGGUCUUCAGGUUGGCUUGUCAUCGUUCCAUCAGCAAGCCCUUCACUUCCUCUGUGCAGAUCCAAAGUGGGCUUGUCAAACUUGGGAGAGUUUUUCUGCAACCUCCCCUGAGCUGAGGCUCUCGCUGGUCACUUGGUUGCUGGACAGCCAGGACUGGCAGCAAAUCAACUUGAAAGAAGUGAUCCAGAGGGUGUUGCAGUCAAACUUGAAGGAGGCUUUGUUGGGCGACAGCGUGGAUUACCGCACCACGUACCUCACGGCUCUGGUUUCUGUGAUGACCGGUGGUGGCUCUGCUUUGCCUCAGCCGCUUUCCGACUCAGAACUUUGUUUGUCCGAGUGUUUGCAUUUAUUACUUCAAGACCUAGAAAUCCAGAAAGGUGGACCAGAGUACCUCUCUCAAGCUCUACAUGCUGCUAGCCUGCUGCUUUCCCAUGUGUCAGAUUUCAGCCUGAAGACAUCUAUGCUUCAGCGUUGGUGCAGUAUCCUGGAGUGUCAGCGGGCUCCAGAGGCCCCAGAAGUCCUCAGGAUAGUGUGCAGUGAAGCUCUUUGUGCAGCUGGACUCCCACUCAUCAACAACCUCAGAGAUCACAGCUCUCUCCCUGCCAUCAUGAUGAGGUUGAUCAACACAGGCCUGUACCUGCUACAGGACCAAAGCCAGGAGGUGAGGCAGAAAGCUGCCUGUUUUGCCUCUUUGCUGCAUCAUUCAAGACGAGGUAACAACCAAAAGAGUGUCUGCAUUAUGCAGAUCAACCAAGCUCUGCUGCUCCUCUUGGACCUGCUGCUGCAGGAAUGCUGGGAUACUCCUGGUGCGCUGGAGGUGCUGCUGUCCCACCUAGCUCAGACUGACCUCAGAUCAGUGCUGAGAGAAGCCUCACCAACAAGAGGGAGUUGCAGUCUGUAUGAGCAGGAUGAGGCCAAUGUGUUUGCAGAACCCUCCGUCAUGUCUGCACACAUGCUGCCCUACCUGCUGCAGAUGGCUGAGAAAUCUUCUCAAUCCUCUGCUCUGGCACAGACUCUGACUGCAUGGGCAGAGAAGAAUACUGCCCAGGUGCUGGAUAACCUCACAGACUGUGAACAGCUCCUGCCAGCUAAAACAUUGUCUCCCUCUUGGUUGGCUCUCCUUGUGGAUCCCCGUUUCCACUGCGCCCUGGGGGGCCUCUUCGCCAGAGCUGUCUUUCUUCUUCAUCUGCUGAAAACCUCUGCUUGCACUCAGCAUCACUGUGAUCCUUUAAGCAUGCAGAUGCGUUUGCAGACAGUUUGCACUCUUCUCACUCAGAAUGGUGUUCAUUUUACACCUGCCUUAACAGCUACUGUGUCUGCGGAAGAGGCACGACUGUGAGGGAGCAGAGGGGAACGGACCAGUGUGACCUGGGAUAAAAUUAGUUUUUCAUAUUUGAAGAACGGAUAUCACAUGGUCUCAUUCUUAAAUGACAACUGCAGAUGCUGAUGCCGCCAGACGCCAGCCCUUCGUGAAUUUAUGCAAGAGCGAAGUGGGUAGGGUUACUUUGGUGUCUUUCAUUGCUGAGAAUGGGAAGAGACCCCCUGGGAAUUGGGUGGGUGAAGUUUUAUUUAGUUUCAGUGGAGAGUUGCAGUCAGAACAAUAGUGCCAGGUUAUUUUUGCCCUGCCUUGUUAUUGUGCUUCUCUCUGCAGCAACAGUAGCAAGGCUCACAUGGGUGCAGUGAUGUAAUGCAACAGCAUCUGGAAAUAUUGCCUGCUUAGCAGCCAGUGGGGGGUGUGAUGUGUGGUUUAGUUUUCCAUUAGAGGCUUUCUGACUGGAUAAGUGUCUAUUUUCUAAACCACAUGAGAGCUGAGAGCUGGUUCCGAGGGAUCUGAUUGAAAUCUGGUGGUUGGCCCAUAACAGGCCACAUGUUUAGACUAGUCUUACGUCAUCAGAUAGCCCGCUGACAACUACCAGGAUUCAAGAAGCCCAAAUGUUGAACUUAUAAGUUUCAAUGUUAGCUGUUUAGUAGGAAUUUGUCACAGAAAUGAAAUUUCGUUGAUGCGGGAAAGCAGAUCAAAAUCUGUCUGUAAACCAGAAGAUGUGGCGCUUUAUCUCAAUUUGUUUCUCACUUUCCUUUUUUCCUUGGCGCACUCAGUGCACACAAGAUCUGUUGCAUCAUUGUGUGCAUGGAUUAUACAACAACUGUGACAAUAAGCCUGGAUUAAUGAUUCGUACAGAAAUCUUAUCCAGGCUUUUUUCCAUCAAUUUCCUCAAGGUCCACACCUAGUGUCCAGUAACAUGCCCCUUAUUGGAACUUGACUUUUAUUUUUGUCAAAAUGUAAUAUUUCGGUAAAGAAUUCAUCAGUUGCAUCGGUUUUUAGCAACCUAUUGUCAUAUAAAAUAUUUAUGUUUUAUAUUGAAAACUGAAUGAGCUAUGACUAUAUAAGUAUAUUACUGAUGAUAUUUUAUAUAAAGUUUUGGUUCAACAAAA